UUACAUGCCUUUCUAUUGCCUCGCUUUCUCUCUCUCUGUCUAGUGGUUCUGUUGGACACUACGACAGUGCUAGGAGAGCUGGACUGGAAGACCUAUCCUGUCAAUGGGUGGGAUGCUAUCACAGAGAUGGAUGAGCAGAACCGACCUAUUCACACCUUCCAGGUUUGCCACGUGAUGGAGCCAAACCAGAACAACUGGCUACGGUCUGGAUGGAUCCAGCGGCAGGCUGCACAGAGGGUAUAUGUGGAGCUGCGUUUCACACUGAGAGACUGCAACUCCAUUCCUUGGGUGUCUGGUACCUGUAAGGAAACCUUCAACCUCUUUUACCUGCAGACAGAAGAACCGCUCUCUGCAGGGACACGGUUCCGGCCUACUGACUAUGCCAAGGUGGACACCAUAGCGGCAGAUGAGAGUUUUACACAGACAGACCUUGGAGAUCGGGUUCUUCGCCUCAAUACCGAGGUCAGGGAGGUGGGACCGGUAACACAGACAGGCUUCUACUUAGCCUUCCAGGAUGUGGGAGCUUGUAUUGCCCUUGUGUCCGUCAAGGUGUUCUACAAACGCUGCCCCUCGACUUUAAGGAACCUGGCAGCAUUUCCAGACACGGUGCCACAUAUGGACUCAUCCUCCCUGGUGGAAGUAAGGGGCGCAUGUGUGGAGAAUGCAGAAGAGAGGGACACACCCAAAUUGUACUGUGGCGCUGAUGGAGACUGGCUGGUACCCCUGGGCCGCUGUGUCUGCAGCAUUGGCCACGAGGAGAUGGAUGGCGACUGCCGGGCUUGUAAGCCUGGCUUCUUCAAAGCAUAUGCUGGGAACACUGAAUGCUCCAAGUGUCCUCCACAUAGCUCCAGCCAUGACCAAGCCGCCACCAUCUGUCACUGCGACAAAGGCUUCUACAGAGCUAUCAAAGACUCCUCCACCAUGGCCUGUACAAGGCCUCCGUCGGCUCCCCGGAACCUGGUGUCGUUGAUCAAUGACACGGCUCUCUUCUUGCAGUGGAUGCCUCCUAGCGACACGGGAGGCAGGAAGGACAUCACUUACAACGUCCUGUGCCAGCGCUGUGAUGGAAGGGACGGUGCCACUCAGUGUGAGCCGUGUGAGCCUGACCUGCGGUUCAUCCCACGGCCGCUCAGUCUGACCGGCACCUCUGUGGCAAUCCUAGAUUUUGCGACGCACGCCAACUACACCUUCCACGUGGAGGCGGCAAACGGCGUCUCUGGGCUGGGGAUGUCUGCACGGUCGCUGGCGAAUGUUACCGUCAAUACACACCAAGCUGGUCCUGCUCUGGUGGGUGUAGUCAGGAAAGACUGGGCGUCUCAAAACAGCAUCGCCCUCUCCUGGUCACAAGUGGAACAGCUGCCCUCAGACAUAGUGGACUAUGAAGUUAAAUACUUUGAGAAGGAGCAAGAGCAGCUGAGCUACUCAUCAACGCGGACCAAAAACCCCAGCGUGGUUGUGACGGGCCUCCGACCCUCAACUGUCUAUGUCUUCCAUGUUCGUGUUCGCACUGCUGCUGGCUACACAGCGUACAGCCCCAACUUUGAUUUUGCCACUGCGGCCGAGGAUCCUGAUAUUGCUGAUCAAGGUCAAGUCCUGGUGGUCGUCACGGCGUCUGUAGGAGGCUUCUCCCUCCUGGUGAUCCUGACCCUCUUCCUCCUCAUCACUGGACGGUGUCAGGGGUACAUUAAAGCCAGGAUGAAGUCAGAGGAGAAGAGGAGGACUCGCUUCAACGGUGGACAUGUCCCAUUCUCUGGGAUAAAGACCUAUGUGGAUCCAGACACGUAUGAAGACCCCACUCAGGCUGUGGAGGAAUUUGCCAAAGAGAUAGACCCCUCAUACAUAUGCAUCGAGAGGGUGAUUGGUGCAGGUGAAUUUGGAGAAGUCUGUAGUGGUCGGUUGCGCAUACCUGGACGGAUGGACAUCGCUGUGGCAAUAAAAACACUUAAAGGUGGCUAUAUGGAACAACAGAGGCGAGACUUUUUACGUGAGGCUUCGAUUAUGGGACAGUUUGACAACCCCAACAUCAUCAGGCUGGAGGGCGUGGUCACGAGGAGCAGACCAGUAAUGAUAGUCGUUGAAUACAUGGAAAAUGGAGCGCUUGAUUCUUUCCUCCGGACACGCGAUGGGCAGUUUACGGUGCUCCAGCUGGCCGGCAUGCUGCGCGGCAUUGCAGUGGGCAUGACCUAUCUCUCAGACAUGGGUUACAUUCACAGAGACCUCGCGGCUCGCAACAUCUUGGUGGAUGAAACCUUGAUGUGUAAGGUGUCUGACUUUGGCAUGUCCAGAGUCUUUGAAGAUGACACUGAAGCAGCCUACACUGCUACAGGAGGAAAGAUACCAAUACGCUGGACGGCACCAGAGGCUAUCGCUUAUGGAAAAUUUUCCACAGUCAGUGACGUAUGGAGCUACGGCAUUGUCAUGUGGGAAGUGAUGUCAUAUGGUGAGAGGCCCUACUGGGAGAUGUCCAAUCAAGAUGUCAUUUUAUCAAUUGACGAAGGCUACCGUCUACCAGCACCAAUGGGCUGCCCUGUGACUCUGCACCAGUUGAUGUUGCACUGCUGGCAGAAGGAGUCCAACCAGCGCCCACACUUCAACAAUGUGCUCUUAUUUCUGGACAAACUCAUAGUUAAUCCCAGUAGUCUGCUCACUCUGGUGAAUGAUGUGCAGAGCUUCCCUGACUCCCCAGAGGACAUGCCAGACUACCCUCUUUUCAUCUCUAUCGGCGACUGGCUCGACUCCAUCAAAAUGAGCCAGUAUAAGAACAACUUCCUUGCAGCAGGAUACACAACACUGGAUUCCAUUUCAACAAUGAGUAUAGAUGACAUCAGGCGCAUCGGGAUCUGUUUGAUUGGCCACCAGAGGAGAAUCAUAAGCAGCAUACAGUCACUUCGCCUGCAGCUUCACCACAUCCAACAGAGUGGCUUUCAAGUAUGA